AUGAUCAUCCCAAUCAGAUGCUUCACCUGCGGAAAGGUUAUCGGUGACAAGUGGGAGACCUAUCUCGGAUUCUUGCAGUCAGAAUACAGUGAAGGAGACGCGCUCGAUGCUCUCGGUCUCCGCCGUUACUGCUGCCGAAGAAUGCUCCUGGCUCACGUGGAUCUCAUCGAGAAACUUCUCAAUUAUCAUCCGCUGGAAAAGUGA